UAUAAAAAUAGGUCUCUUGAUCGCUAGUGAAACGGCCAAUUGAGCAUUCGUGGAUCCUCUUGGUUAUACCCUUCAUGACGUACGUCGCCCACACCUGCCAGUGAUGGAGUCAUGUUCCUAUGGCGCAAGUAGAUCCAGAUGUCUGCUAUUGAGAAUCUUCCUAAUCUGGCGAUAAGUAGAGGUCAUCCGCAUGCGACUUCGCAGAUCAUAAGUGGGAUAUAAUAAAGCCGUGCGUCCACGGCCCUGCGGGACAGACCUGCUAUCUCCCGCCUCUCUGUUUCGCUAUACCCACUCUCAAAUUGUGUUCCUUUCGUUUCUGGCCGUUCACGAUGAAGUUUGCAAGUUACAUUUUAACGACCGCCUCACUUGCUGGCAGUGUCCUGGCUGCCCCCCGCAGUGGGCUGGCGGACAGAAUCCGAGCCCGGUCACUCUCCCGUCAGUCUCGCCCUCUAGCACCAGUUCCAGGUGAUAAAAACUCCGAGGAAUACAGACUAGCCGGAGCCUCCUCGACUGUCACAUACAGCAGCAACUGGGCGGGCGCUGUGCGUGAGCAACCACCUCCACAAGGUACAUAUUCAGCUGUGACAGCAACCUUCCGUGUACCAGAACCCACGGGGACGGCUCAAUCUGGCACGCAGGCAGGGUCGGCCUGGGUCGGAAUCGAUGGCGACACGUAUAGCGCCGCAAUCCUCCAAACAGGGAUUGACUUCUAUGUGGACAACGGGCAGACGUACAAUGACGCCUGGUUCGAAUGGUACCCGGACUAUGCAUACGACUUCAGUCUUGAGGUGAACACUGGAGACAUCAUUGUGGCCAAGGUGGAAGCUCUCUCCCCUAGUCAGGGCGUAGCUACGAUUCAAAAUCUUUCGACGGGGAAGAAAGCGACGCAGACAAUCACCGCGCCUGCUGCGACGGCGACGCUUGGUGGUCAGAAUGCCGACUGGAUCGUGGAAGACUUCCAAGCAGGGGACUCAAUGGUUUCGCUAGCAGACUUCAGCGAGGUCAGGUUCUGGGGAGCGCAAGCUGAGGGAGGAGGGUCCACCUGGGGAGUGAAAGAUGCAUCGAUUGUCGAACUCAAGCAGGGCAACCAAGUGUUGACGGAGGUGGACGUGCAAAGUGAUUCGGCCUUCACUGUGAAGUAUACAAGUUGAUGUGAGAUGCCUGGUUGGUUUUCUCUUUCAUUGGAUCAUUUAUUUGUGGCGUGUGAAUUUGAUGUUGAAUAUUUCACAACACUUUAUAUGAUGGCCAGGCUGUACUUUGGUUGCUGAUCUGCGGGUCUCGGCUAUUUGGGCGGAAGAAGGCUAUAUGCGCCUCGGAUAGUACAUCGCCGCAUUCUAUGACCGCAUGUCUUCUUGACCUGCUUUAUAUAUAUC